UUUUUGUGCUGUUUCUGUUACACAAGCUUUAAAAAGUUUAUAGUCAAUUAUUUCACCUGGUUGUUUGAGAAGACAAAGAAGAAUAACUUGCGACUUACUAUUUAGAAGCAAAAGACAACAAAACCCGCUAGACUUUCAUAUGUCGGGCUAACAUGUAACUGCCUGGGAUAUGCAAUAAACAGUGCAUCGAUGGACAUUGAUGAGUGAGAUAUAAUCCAUAAAAAGUAUUCUCAACCAUGAGAGCAUGCUGACAAGGCCUAAAAGGCUGUAAUAACAAAGGAAUGAAAAUGAUAAAAUAAAAAGAUCAUCAGCUGCUGCAUGAGUUUUGUUGCUUCCGUUAUCGACAUUGAGUUUUAUUCUUCACUUCUGUUUCGUUCUAUAUUCUCUGCCUUAGAGUCAUCAUCAAUAAAGUACGACCAACAAUUAAUUUAUUCAUUCAGCUUCUGUAUAAUUAACAAUCAUCGAGAAAAAGCAAGGCGAUCGACUCAUUUGUCGAGAUAUUGCAAUUAAUUUCAUCAUUGCCAACAUUGGAAAGUGUAUAUGUGUGGAUCAUCAGCAAAAAGCAAGAAGCAGAAGGAGAAAAAAUAAUAAUAAGAUUUUCUAAGGUGGAUCAAACUGGAAAGACAAGAAAUCUAUGCUGGAUAUGUGUUAAUUGCUAGUUAUUGCUGCACAACUUCCAUUAUUGGACAGAAUAGAGAAUCCAUAAUUAGCUCAUGCCACAUAUCUAACCCAAAUACUCCGACUUCUCAUCAUUCAUAAACUUUGUUUUGUGUUUCCAAUAAGUCGAGAUAAAAUCUUGACGAUAUAAAGAAUUAUAGAACAUCUGCUGCUGUUACAAUUCAUCUCACCUUGUUGCUCUCUUACUGUCCGUAUGAUUUGUGGCAUAAUCAUCAAAUAAUUGCAAUAAUAACGCCAUACUCUACAUUAGUUCAUGAUCACGUUUUGUAUUGUGCAUUGCUGCAUAAAUUCCUCAACGGAAGUGGGAAAUUGUCAUUGAUUCUUGGAAUAUUGAUGGACAUGACUUAGAUUGUCAUGAGAAUGACUUGAAUAUGUGACUCUCGAAUUUAAGAAAAACUUUGUGAAUUAAAGUUUAGACAUAAGUCAUCAAAGAUUUCGGACCAAACCCCAUCAACCAUCCCCACACCAAUCAUCACAAGAAAAUAAUAUGGUGACGGCAGUUUCAAAGAACAUGAGCAGAGGAGAUUCAUCCAUCAAGACAACAACAACGACAAUAAUUGCAAAGAAAUUGGAAUCAAUCAACGGCAGCAUAUCAUCAGCAUCGGGAUUUCGUCUGCUAAUCGAAGCGAAUGGUGGAUUAGGUGCAAAUCUAACAACAACAACAGCACAUUACUCGGGAAGUGGAAGUAUGGGCAGUAUGGGUCUUGAGAUGUGUGAAACUGUAUCAACCGUAAGCAAGAAUUCAAUUUAUAAGCAACGGAUUGAUGCAAUGUUCGAUGAUUCACGGUCCAUCAUAAGUCAGCGAUCGUUGCGUGAACGAAGACGCGCCUCGUCGAUAAGUGGUGGAUCGAUAAGUGGCAGGAGCAACAGGCAAUCGCAUGAUCGCUUACAAGCAAUUACAGAAAAUGAGUUUAAUAAUGUUUCGCCGUCAAAUUCUGUUAAAAAUAGCGUACAAGCACAAAUUGAGAAAAUGUUUACCGAAAUUGCAAAUGAUAGUCCGACAGCGAGCAUAGGAAAUUGUUUUUCGAUACAUUAUUUGGGAGCAUUGCCAUUGACGACAAAGGUUACAAGUUUAGUGGGUCUGCAGGAUCCACUGAGGCAACUGUAUUUGAAUAAUGCUGGACAUGAGACAAAAAAUGCUGGUACACUCGACAUAAGUCCUAAAGGAUUAAGAAUAAGCUUGGCAAAUGGACGUGAUCAACAAAUUACGCCAUUUCAAAAUAUUGCUGUGUGGUCGGCAGUUAAAUUUGUUGUUUCACAAAGUGAGGGUGGUGCUGCAUUCUUGCCAUUAAUUACAGAUCCGGAGAAUAUCGAUAAGGCGAUUCUGUUUAAACCGUUGAGUGUCGCUGACAAGAGACGACUCUCAUCGAGUCUGCAUUCACCUCUCUUUGCUGUUGUUAUGAAAUCGCCUAACAUUGCAAAGCAAUUGGAAUGCCAUGGAUUUAUUUGUCAAUCGUCAGAGGAUGCUAUUGUUAUAGCUGCGACAUUAUAUCAAAGUUUAAUGGCAUAUAUGGGCAGCAGUCAGAAUCAGCGAACCAGAAAGCCAAAAAAUCGUAAUGGAAUCGGCUGUAUGAGUAUCGCAAGUAGUUCAGCAGCAACAAAUGCAUUAAUUUCAACAAAAUCAUCAUUUCGCGGCAGUCGAAGUGGAAGUACAAGAAGCAAACAUAACUAUCCAGCCAUACCACCACCUGCUAGACCGCCUAGGAAAAAACGUAGCGCAUCUAAUUCAUUGAGCAGUGAUAGCGAUGUUAUUCAAAGUCUUGGAAUUAAUGGAAAAGGUCAACAUCCAGAUUUUGAUACAUCAUCGGACGAGGUCAAUAAGAAUCAUAAUACAAAGAAAGCACCACCGUUGCCUCUUAAUCCGCCUAAUAUAAACCGUCGACCAGAUCGCUCACGUCGUGGUGAUGGAAAUUUAUCAGGAAAAUCUAAAUCAUCAACAGAACGUCGUUUAAGUAAAGGACGAUCAGAAAAGACAGAUCCAUAUAGCUUGAAAGAUGGCUGUGGAGAUAUUUUAACAAAAGUUGCCAUUCCACGUUCGGGUAGUUUCCUCAACACUGCUGGACUUGCACGUUACAAAUCGCGAGCAACGAGGAGGAAUUUGACUGGAAAAUCAGUAACUGGAGCAAAUAAUGGAGGUGGUGGAUCACCGUUGGGAUUUUCUGAAUUAUUUAAUGAGUUUCGACUACAAGAAAAUUUGCAUUCACUCGAUGAGAUCUUAAAUGCCAUAAUCAAUACUGAUGGAAUGUCAUUUAAUGAUCUAAAGCCAAUUUAUAAGGAAUUCUUGCUGAAGCUGGCCGUGACAUUGACAAAAGAUGAGCUAUAUCAGAGAUCUAAAAGUAUUAUGAGACGACAAAAGAAGAAAAAGUUGAAAAGGAAGAAUAGCAACGUGAUGAGUCAUCCUGCAAAAAUUAUUGGUGCUAUUAGCCUCAAAAAUGUCUUCAAGUUGGGAAAAUUUCGGAAUAAGAAACCCAGUUUGUCUCCGUCGCCAACAAAGUUGAAUGCUGAUGGACGAAAGUUAAAUGAAAGUGAUACGAAAGGAAAGAGUAAGAGACCAAAUCGAUCAAGGAUUGGAACUAGUGGCUCUGAAAUUUCUGUAAGACGAACUGAGACUGCGAUGAAUGGACACAAUCGUAAUAGUUCUAGUGGAUAUGUCUCAUGUUCAGAAUGCAGCUACGAUUCAGAUAAUUGUACAUGUAAUUCAGCAGACAGGUGUUAUUGUAGCUUAGGGGCAGGUGAUAUAAAUGCAAAAUUGAAUAAGGCUGAGGAGGAAAGGAGAUCACCAUCAUGCAAUUCUGACGAUAAAUGCUAUUGCUCAAUGGGCGAAACAGUCGAAGGUGGAUCAACGACAUGGUGUGAAGAUUCUGAUAGCUGUGCUAGUGCUUCACGAUGUUACUGCACAUUGCAUGAUAGAAAAUCUCGAAAGAAAAAGAGCAACAGCAACAAUACAGUAUUGACUAUAAAUAAUAAUAACAGCAACAAGAACAACAACAAUAAUAAUAACAGCACAACCAACAUAGGUGAAGGUGGUACGAGGAAAAGUAAACCGAAUAGAUCACGUAAAGUUGAUAAAUUGGCACUCGAUUAUGAACUGUUUACGGCAAAUGGAAGUGGAAGGCACGUGAAGCCAACAGAAGCGUUGAGCGUAAAGAAGAGUGUUGAGAUGGCUGCUGUUUUUGCUGAUGUUAAAUUAAGUCAAACGACUGAUAUUACAAGCCUACAGCCUUCAAAAGAUAUUAAGGCACACAAGUCGAAGCAUCAUCAUAAGAAGCACCAUAAUGCUAAUAACAAUAAUAACGAUACCGUUGAUGAAAAUAAGAAAUUUUUAAAUCCUAAAAAUGACGAUUAUUAUCUAAAGGCAAAUGGAUCUAAUGAUGUUAUAUUAAGAAAAGAUUUAGAUUUAAGUAAUAAGCGCGCUGCUUUAAAAUCUGAUGGAUAUUAUCAACCAGUCGGGCAACGUCCCGUUAGUGCAUCACUUGAGGAUUCACUUGGUUAUCUUCCUUAGUUGAAAUUUAUAUUUUUAAUACUGAUUAUAAUCAAAUAUGUAGUCUAGUUUAAGUUACAUAUUGGAUUAGAUAAUGAAUUUUGUACAAUCAAGUUAAACUUGUUACUGUUAAAGUUGGUGGUGGAACUGAAAAUUGUUGAAUUUAUUAGAUGGAAGGAAAUGAAAGAAGAAAGAGAUAUUUGGUAAGAAAUAUGCGCAUUUUUGCAGAUACAAGCUAUUUUGAAUAGGAUUUUUAUAUACUAGAUUAGGUUGCUUGAGAGUCCAACGAAUUAUAGUUGGAUGUAGUAUUCUUGAGUUGACAGAACAACCGAUUAUAGAUUAUGUUCGAGUAUUCGUAUUUAUGUGUAAAGUUUUC